UAUCAGCGCGUUCUCACAGCUCUCUCUUCUCCUCCUUCUUCGUCUCCGAUUCUCGCUGCACUGCGAUCUGACUCCUCUGCUGCUUCCCUACUCUUCACAUUUACCGAUUACUUUUUACAAGAAAAUGAAGCAAAACAAAAAUACGAAGGGUGACGCCUUGUUGUUAUGGCAUUUUUUUAUACGGAGGAAGUGAGUGACUACUAGACCUACUGUCGUUUUGUGGAUCAGCCGAGGCGACACACGGAUACCUUGCCAGAGAUAAACUCGCAGAGCGAUCCCUUGCGCACAGGGGAAUGAGGGUGGGACAGCCGUGUCCUUAGAAGAAGUUUAAAUCGCCCACGGAUUGCAUGUGCUAUUUGGAACCAGACAGAAGACAACAUAAGUCUCCGAUCAGAGGGGAUGGUUUGUGCACUGAUGUCUAAUACAGGAAUAUUGUAGGAGCGGACAAAGGAGAUGUGGCCGUUAGACUUGAACUUCACUCGCUAGUGAUGCUCUGAGGAGGAUGGGUAACUCCGUCUUGGGUACGCGGACCUGCUAAUAAUAAUUAAAAAAAAAACUUCAAUGAAGUCAGUAUUCUACAGCCGAUUUUUUAUACUUCUGCCCUGGGUUCUGAUCGUCAUCAUCAUGAUCGACGUGGACACGAAGAGAUCCACCUCCGUUGGGCACACCGCGCAGUCUUACCUCUCGCGACUUGGAAAUGGACAGCGCCACGAGAGACCCGCGUUGCCCGGGAAGAACCGCACAGCAGCUCUGCCGGUGAUCUACGCUAUCACUCCAACGUACAACAGAGCGGUCCAAAAAGCCGAGCUCACUAGGCUCUGUAACACCUUCCGUCAGGUGCCUCAGUUCCACUGGAUCGUGGUGGAGGAUGCGAACAGUAAGUCCGAGUUGGUGGCGCGCUUUCUCGCCCGCUGCGGUGUCCCGUACACGCACUUGAACGUCUUCACGCCCCGGCGCUUUAAGCGGAUCGGUAUGCCGCGAGCCACGGAGCAGAGGAACACUGCGCUCGGCUGGCUACGGCAACGUCGCUUCCUCAAGGACUCGGGCAUCGUCUUUUUCGCCGACGAUGACAAUACAUACAGCCUGGAGUUAUUUGAGGAGAUGCGCUCCACUCGCAGGGUGGCCGUGUGGCCGGUGGGCCUGGUCGGGGGGCGGCGCUACGAGAGGCCCCUGGUGGAGAAAGGCAAGGUGGUGGGCUGGUACACGGGGUGGAGGGCCGACCGACCCUUCGCCAUCGACAUGGCAGGGUUUGCAGUGAACCUGCAGGUGAUCCUGUCCAAUCCCAGGGCCGUGUUCAAGCGGCGGGGGGCCAAGCCAGGCAUGCAGGAGUCCGACUUCCUCAAGCAGAUCACUAAAGUGGAGGACCUGGAGCCCAAAGCUAACAACUGCACUAAGGUCCUGGUUUGGCACACCCGCACUGAGAAGGUGAACCUCGGCAACGAGCCCAAGCUCCACCAGGACUCCAUCCACAUCGAGGUGUAGACCAGAGGGGGAUGAAACGACUCAUCAUCAUCCUCUUCAUCAUUGGCAAUGGAAUACCUGAUGAUGAAACGCAUCAUCAUCAUCAUCUUCUUCAUUGGCAAUGGGAUACGUGACGAUGAUUGGACUGGACUCGCUUCUAAGGAACUUUUUUUCCCAGAUCUGGACUAAAACAGUGGACACUCUUUCAUGGCUUGAGAUGAACUUAACAAGCUUGGGGCAUGGGGUGGGCUGGGGUAGGGUGUGGGUGGAUGAAAAAAACGGGUGAAAAAAAAAAGAAAAAGACAUUCAAAAGGCGGAUGUCAGGGCGAAUGGAAACACUGGAACUAUUAUCUUGACCCCGCCUCAUGUUGCCUGUCUGGCCUGUGAUUGGGCCCCGGGGGGACUUGCACUUUGUUCUCAUUGGCUCAUAUGGUACCCAGGGGGGACUUGCACUUUGUUGUCAUUGGCUCAUGUGGUACCUCACGUGUGGAGGUCUGACCUUCACAACCUUUGCAGCUCUAGCACACUGUACCUUUGAUAGAUGAUCCCUCAAAGGGUUCUAUCUCUCUCUCACACACACACACGCAGACAGACAGACAGACAGACAGACAGACAGACAGACAGACAGACAGACAGACAGACACACAGACAGACACACAGACAGACACACACACACACACACACACACACACACACACACACACACACACACACACACACACACACACACACACACACACACACACCUCAAAGAGGCACACCUCUGUUUGUGAACAGCUUCUAAGAAUGUUUUCCCUCUUCUGAUGAAUAAAAAAGUCAACACAACAAGAACUAACAACACGGACAAACAUCUAAGGAGUACAACUGUCUUUAUUCCAAACGACCCUCUUUUAAAAGCCAGAAGACAAAAGGAAAACAAAAUUAUAAAGAAAAGAAAAGAAAAAAAUAAUAAUGAAACUUUACAAUAAAUGAGUCUUCAGACAAAAUGAUCACACUACAGUUCAUGGCUAUUCACUGUUUAAUGCACGGAAAUACCAUUUUUUCUUUGUAGUAGGCACCAGAAAAUGUAAACGCAUUAUAGAGAUAAACCUGGAGGACACCUGUGAGUGUGUGUGUGUGUGUGUUUCCAUGUGUGUGUGAGUGUGUGUGUGUGUGUGUGUUAAGAAGUGUGUUAUAUUUUCACAUUAUUGCUGCAGAGCGACCCUGUCUGACUGGUGUGGAUUGAGAACUCUGCUACCGCCGUCUAGACUCUUUAAUUGUUCAUCAGCCUGUGUGCGCGCAUGUGUGUGUGUGUAUGUGUGUGUGUACGUGUGUGUGUGCGCGCAUGUGUGUGUGUGUGUG